AUGUCGUCCAAGUCCAACUGCGGUGAGGAGAAGGAGCUGGUGUGCGUGACCGGCGCCGGCGGCUACAUCGGCUCGUGGGUGGUGAAGGAGCUGCUCCAGCGCGGCUACCGUGUCAGGGGAACUGCGAGGGACCCUGCGGACAGCAAGAACGCGCACCUGCUGGCUCUGGAGGGCGCCAAGGAGCGCCUCACCCUGUGCCGCGCCGACGUCCUCGACCGCGACUCCCUCCACGCCGCCUUCGCCGGCUGCCACGGCGUCUUCCACGUCGCCUCCCCGGUCUCCAACGACCCGGAGCUCGUGCCGGUGGCGGUGGAGGGCACCAGGAACGUCAUCAACGUCGCGGCGGACGAGGGUGCGCGCCGCGUCGUCUUCACCUCCUCCUACGGCGCCGUCCACAUGGACCCCAACCGGAGCCCCGACACCGUCCUCGACGAGACCUGCUGGAGCGACUACGACUUCUGCAAGCGAACGGAGAACCUGUAUUGCUGCGCCAAGAUGAUGGCGGAGAUCACAGCGACGGAGGAGGCGGCGGCGCGGGGCUGCAGCUGGCCGUGCAGACGCUCAACUUCAGCACCAACCACGUCGCGCGCUACCUCAUGGGCACCAAGCGCUCCAUCCCCAACGCCGUCGCCGCCUACGUCGACGUCCGCGACGUCGCGCGCGCACGUCCUCGCCUACGAGCGCCCCAGCGCGUGCGGACGGUACCUCUGCAUCGGCACCGUGCUGCACCGCGAACAGCUCGUCGCCAUGCUCAGGGACCUCUUCCCGCAGUACCCCGUCACGGCCAAGUGCGAGGACGAUGGCAAGCCAUUGGCGAAGCCGUUCAAGUUCUCCAACCAGAGGCUCAGGGAUCUGGGCUUGGAGUUCACUCCGCUGAGGAAGAGCUUGUACGAGACCGUGGUGUGCCUGCAGCAGAAGGGACACCUGCCUGCCAUCCAACAGCAGCAGCGCGCGUACUUGUAA